UGAUAAGGAAGAUUAAGUAUCCCCCAAAAUAUCAACGAAGAAUAUCAAGUGGCAAUUCGCAAAGUAACGAAAUAAUCACUCUGCCCUUUUUUAUUUUAGAUGCGCCAAAUCGCGUAUUGCACUCCUCUUGACCUUUUUCUUCCUUUUUCUUCCUUUUUUUUUUUUUAAAAAAAAAGGUCGUUGACCUUACAGCUUUUAAUUAAAAUUCGAUUGUGUACACGAUACGAUUAGGGAAACCACCUCCUAUCAGUUAAACUCAUCAACUCAACAACUCAACAUCGAACAGAUAUCGUGCCAGCAGACGACCUUUCUAUACCGUUUAUUCGAGAGUUCAAGUCCUAGCGACGUUGUUCCAGCUCAAUUUCUCAAAUUCCUAGUCGCUACCCCUGUGAUCCGCGUCCCCCUUUCAAUUGAUCCGAAUUUCGAUUUAUAUCCUCCCUCGGCGCCGCAGUCCUCUCCUACUUUAGACCUAGUUUUCUACCGCCGCGAAGAUCGAGCCAUCGAGAUGGGCGACUCUCGCACCCCGGCUAGAAAGACACCUUCGACAUCCAAGAAACCCAGCUCGACCCCCUCGGCGGCUUCUGGAAAGCAGCAGACAAUCCUCGGCUUCUUUGCCAAAGCCUCCCCGGCCCUAAACUCGUCACCAACUCCGUCUUGCCUCAAAGAGACGACGAGGUCCAACAGAAAGCCUUCCGCCGUCGCACCCGUUCCUAGCAGCGAUGCCUUGGAGCCCUCCAGCUCGCAGGAAAACCUCGGCUCUGCUGCCACCGUAAAGCAACAACCCCUAUCCGCCCGAGCUGGCGUGGAUAGCAGCCCGACACGCAAGGUCAGAAAGACGGUCAACUAUGCCGAAUCUUCCGAUGAUGACGAGGACGUUUUUGCAAGCAUGAAGGCCUCCCAGGUUCGCCGCCGCAGCCGCCAGAAAUCCAGAGUCGUAGACGAGGAGGAUGAUUAUGAGGAAGGGAAAGAUGCGGCUGCGGAUAAAGAUGUGGCUGCGGAUGAAGAUGAUGAGAUGGUCGAUUGGGUAGCUUCUGACGACUCGGAUGUGCCGCCCAGGAAACGAAAGCGAGCCUCGAAACCUCAGAGCGCGCGAAAGCGAACCCAUGCUUCUCCCGAGCCGGAGGAAGACGAGCAAGCGGAAAAGGACGGUGAUGAGGACAUGCCGGAGGACAUGCCGCCCAUGUCGACUGCUCAGCAGUGGCGUUACGAUCCGGAUCAUGUCGAACCGUUGAAACCGAGAGCGGCUUCGCAACCUGCGCGCAAGCCCUCUUCGGCAAAGCAGAAGGCUCACACCCGAGAACCCGAAGAGCGCUAUCCGUGGCUCGCCGAUAUUAAGGACAUAAACCGCAAUCCUCCGGGCCACCCGGAUUAUGAUCCCGCGACCGUGUACGUCCCGCCCUCAGCUUGGAACAGCUUUUCGGCCUUCGAGAAGCAGUAUUGGGAAAUCAAGCAGAAGCUGUGGGACACGGUGGUCUUCUUUAAAAAGGGCAAGUUCUACGAGCUCUACGAGAACGACGCCACGAUCGGCCAUCAGCUCUUCGAUCUCAAGCUUACCGACCGCGUCAACAUGCGCAUGGUCGGCGUUCCCGAGAGCUCGCUAGAUAUGUGGGUUAACCAGUUCAUAGCGAAGGGCUACAAGGUUGCGCGGGUCGACCAGAUGGAGACCGCACUGGGCAAGGAGAUGCGAGAGAGGGUAGACGUCAAAGCCAAGAAGCAGGACAAGAUCAUCCGGCGGGAGCUGGCCUGCAUCUUGACCGGCGGCACGCUUGUCGACGGCAGCAUGCUUCAGGACGACAUAGCAACCUACUGCGUGGCUAUCAAGGAGUCCAUUGUCGAUGACCACCCCGCGUUUGGUGUCGCUUUUGUGGACGCUGCCACGGGCCAGUUUUUCGUAUCCGAGUUUGAGGACGACGUGGACCUGACCAAGUUCGAGACGCUGGUCGCGCAGACGAGUCCUCGGGAGCUGCUCCUCGAAAAGUCCCAGAUCUCGACCAAGGCGCUGCGUAUCCUCAAGAACAACACCUCUCCCACGACCAUCUGGAACUAUUUCAAGUCCGGCGGCGAGUUCUGGGAAGCCGACCUGACCCGGAGGGAGCUCGACUGCAACGGCUACUUUGCCGAGGCCGAAGGGGCGGAGGAGCGUUGGCCUAGCGCGUUAGCCGAGGCCAGAGACAAGGACCUAUUGAUGUCUGCCCUCGGCGCUCUCGUUCAAUAUCUCAAAGUUCUCAAGAUCGAAAGGGGCCUCCUAUCCCAAGGCAAUUUCACCUGGUACAGCCCUAUCCAUAAGAACGGCACGCUGAUUCUCGACGGUCAGACCCUCAUCAACCUCGAGAUCUUUGCCAACUCUGUGAACGGAGGAUCGGACGGGACGUUGUUCGCGCUGCUGAACCGCUGCGUCACGCCUUUCGGUAAACGGCUUUUCCGCCAAUGGGUAUGUCACCCGUUGUGUAAUAUCGAGAAGAUCAACGAGCGGUUGGACGCGGUCGAUAUGCUCAACGCCGACGCGGCUGUCAGAGAGCAGCUAUCGUCGCGGAUGACUCGGAUACCUGAUCUGGAGCGGCUUAUCUCGCGGAUUCACGCCGGCGCGUGCCGUCCUGAGGACUUUGUCAGAGUCCUGGAGGGUUUCGAGCAGAUCGAGUCCGCGACGAACCUCCUGGACGGUUUCGGCAGCGGGCAGAGCCUGAUCGGCCGCCUCGUCUCGUCUAUGCCGAACCUGAGUGAGCCUUUGUCGUAUUGGAAGUCGGCUUUCGACCGCAAGAAGGCCCGGGAGGAGAAAAUUCUCGUUCCGGGGCGCGGGAUCGAGGAGGAUUUUGACCAGAGCCACGACAGGAUCCUGGAGAUCAAGGAUGAUCUCCAAAAGCUCCUCAGCGAGAAGAAGGCUGAGCUGAAGAACAAAUCUCUCAGGUUCGCCGACGUGGGCAAGGAAGUGUACCAGAUCGAGGUGCCCAAAGCGGUCAAGGUUCCCAAGAGCUGGCAGCAGAUGUCUGCUACUUCGAGCGUUAAGCGCUACUACUUUAAGGAGCUGAUCGACCUUGUGCGGCAGCUUCAGGAGGCCGAGGAGACUCACUCUCAACUUGUUCGAGAGGUGGCGCUGCGCCUCUUCCAGCGAUUCGACGUCGAUUACGAUACCUGGCUGCAAGCCAUCCGCAUCACAUCCCAGCUCGACUGCCUGCUUUGCCUUGCCAAGGCGUCUUCCUCUCUGGGCGAGCCCAGCUGCCGUCCCGUCUUUGUCGACGAGGAGCGCAGCGUCGUGGAGUUUGAGGAGCUACGCCAUCCUUGUAUGCUCAACACGGUUGACGACUUCAUUCCCAACGACAUCGUUCUAGGCGGUAAUUCGGCCAAGAUCGACCUCCUGACGGGCGCGAACGCCGCCGGCAAGUCUACAAUCCUGCGAAUGUCUUGUAUCGCGGUGAUCAUGGCACAGAUCGGCUGCUACGUACCGGCGACCUCAGCCAAGCUCACCCCCUGCGAUCGUAUCAUGUCGCGGCUCGGGGCCAACGAUAAUAUCUUCGCGGCGCAAUCCACGUUCUUCAUCGAGCUGUCGGAGACGAAGAAGAUCCUGUCGGAAGCGACGCCCCGAUCCUUGGUGAUCCUAGACGAGCUCGGCCGCGGCACGUCCAGCUACGACGGAGUCGCGGUGGCUCAGGCGGUUCUCCACCACGUAGCUACGCAUAUAGGAUGCAUCGGCUUCUUCGCGACGCAUUACCACUCGCUGGCGACCGAGUUCGAAAACCAUCCCGAGAUCAGAGCGAAGCGCAUGCAGAUCCACGUGGACGAGAAGCAGCGGCGGGUUACCUUCCUGUACAAGCUCGAGGACGGCGUAGCGGAGGGGAGCUUCGGCAUGCAUUGCGCGGCCAUGUGCGGGAUUUCCAGCCGCGUUAUCGAGAGGGCCGAGGUGGCCGCCAGAGAAUGGGAGCACACCAGCAGGCUCAAGGAGAGUUUAGAGCGCGCGCGCGAAGGCUGCUAUAUACCUUUGGGCAUCCUGAGCGACGUCGCCGCGCUGCUGGACGAAGAGAAGAGCCAAGAUGUUGGCCUGAAGAGUAUGGACGUGCUGGCGAAGGCGAUCGAGGCGCUCUAAAGUGCUGCCGCUGCCGCUGUUGCCACUAUUGCUGCUUCUUGGGCGUAAUAUUUCAAAUAUUUCAUUGUAUCAUAGCUGUCAGGUCCCUAGCAUAUUUCGUGGAGCAUUUCCGCAGAAAUUUACUCUCUGGGCUGCAUUUUGCUGUGUAGGUAGGUUGCUCGAGAUGUGGAUGAGCUUAAGAGAGAAACGAUCACGAAGCUAGCUCUCGGUAAUAAGACUUAAUAUUUUUUAGAU